UGGGUCCGCCCGAGUGCGGAUCCGUCCGGUUCACGACAUGAUGCGCCAUUGGUUAUCUUUAUGCUUUAUCUCUUGCUUUCAACCAACCACUGCCGCCAGCACGCCUUUGCACGUCCGCCCGGUAUGUGUUCUCUCAAUCUCUAUGCUACCUCAUGUCAUUCAUUUCUCAAUGUUUAUGCGAUCCUCAAGCUACUAGAUAACGUUGGUUUCUUGACAACCAUGAAUACCCCAUCCACCUCGCGGGGUGCACCAUCAUGGCAGGCUGUCCUCGAUGCUCGACUGGCUCAACCCCAACCUGAUUUCAUCCACUCAUGCACCAACUGCAAAGAGGAGGUUCCUUGGCGACGGUGCAAGUCAAACGAGAAUGGAAAUGAGGGCCGUUGGGUGGCAGUGUGCAAGAAAUUUGCUGGCGAGCAGCAAGUGCCAUGCAAUUUCUUUCGCUGGGCACGGGGCUCAACCAGUCCCUCCAGCUCCCCCACUUUGGCCGCAGCUCAAUUAGCCCCAACCACUAUCGUCCAGCCAGCUCAGCUAGUCCCAACCGCUGUCGUCCAGCCUGCUGCCUUGAGCAAUGCCACAUUGCUCCUUAUGUGUGCUGCCCUGGUCUGCAAGAAGCGCCCCCAUGCACAUUGUGAGAACGCUGCAUGCCGAACACAUUGCAGCCUGUUGGGUGGUUGUUCCGUCAAAGGACAUACCUCCGCUGUUGUGUUGGAUCUAUCAUUGGCGCUUCGAACACCUCAUCAGCCUCAAGCAUGUCCACCUAUGCCUCCACCCCCACCUUCGCAGCCAGCAUUGAUUCUUGAUGCUGCACCCUCUGACUUGGACGUCCGUCUGUCCCCACCCUUGGCCUCUUUAUCGGAAGUUCCUGAGCCUCCUGCACAAGUCCAGAAGGGCAAGGGUCGCGCUGUUGAGCUUCCAGAUGCUAGUGAACCUGUGCAGCUUCCUUCACGCAUGGUUGCUGGCCCAUCACAACCCAAAGCCCGAGCAGCACCACGCUAUGCAACGCAGAUGCCUGCCAUCUUUACGCAGCAAAAUGCUCGUGAAGAGGAAAUGAAUGAAGAAAGGCGCCAAUGUGAACUUGAACGUCUCCAGGCUGCGGCUCGGGAGAAGAACACUGUUGUGGUGUACGCAUGGACUCAGAAUGGUGUUGAGCCCAUAAUUUACGAAUUUCAAGACGGCUUCAAACUACCCAACUUCUACUUCACACUCUCGGUCCUCCAAAAAUUAUGCAUGACCUCUGAGGUCCCCGAUAUUCCUGCUCCUGCAAGGAUUGCUCCUAUCCAGCGGUACAACCGUGCCCUCGACACAUGGACACGGUUUGAUGUGGGCCACAUGGUCACUCUGCAUGAGCGCGAUGCUGGCAUCCUCUUUGUGAGGGAUGCACGUGUCAGGGAGUGUGUAGACUUUGACCGGCACCUUCACAGACUGACACGCCCAGUAAGCGCUAACCUCAUGACAGACCUGACGAGCGAACGGAAGUAUGUGCGUGCUGCAUCUCUUGCACGGAGCUCACGUACACCAUCUCUACCUCCUACCAAUCCUGUGCCACAUACUCGCAAACCUCGCUCUGGUAUGCCCUCACUGUCGCCAGUCGCAUCAGACAAUGAGCAUGAAGUGCCUAAUGACUCGCCAGCUCAACCAAUCAAGCGGCGCUCAUUCAAACCACCAAUCAAGCGGCGCUUUUCAUCUAUCUUGUCAUUGACAGAUAGUGAUGGGGAUGACACGACAAAAUCUGUCCACACAACCAAGCGGCACCAUUCUCCACUUCCUCAGGCUCCCCGCCGUGUUUUACCAUGCCGCAAACAACGCCCUUUUGCCGACUCAUUUGAUCUUUCUGAUGCCUCCGACUCUCAUUCGCUCUCAUCAUCUAUCUCGUCAAUGCACUCAACACCGAUCGUGAAGAAGGAGGAUUCGGGAAGUCUUCUUUCACGCGGAUCAUCAAGCCAUGAUGCCAUUGUCGUCGAAAAAGUCGCAAUCUGGCCCGUUGACUUUUAUGUGGUUGACAUUUCUCGUGGUUUCAAUGCUUGUCAAAGGGCGGUUGAUGGACGACGCAGUGUGGCAGAUGCAUUUGUCGGCCACUUUGGUGUACCAUUCAAGGCAUCAACGUUUUAUGACAACCGCAAGGUGUGGGACUUCAAGCCCAACACAUCGCUUCGCCAACGCUACAUUGAUUAUGGUCGAACAGAGAAAGGAAGCUGGACUUCCUUCAUGAAGAAGGCGAAACGGCCGCACAAGUAGGUGCACACAACUCUGAUUGUUAAGACUUCAUUCUUUAGUUUUGUUCGCAUUGCCCACAGUCUACACUUGUGUCCAUUUAGUUCCUGUAGUUUUGUUUCUCGUAAUUAACAUUCACCAUCU